AUGUCAGCAGUACAAGACGACGAUGAUUCCAACGUACCGACUUACACAUCAGCCUUUCCACCGCUACUAACAAAUGGAAAGCCAGAAAAUGAACACGUUGUUAGGUCAUGGGAGAAUAAAAAUAACUUGGCUGUCAGGUCUUCAACGAUAACUCAGGUUUUAUCGCUGCCGCUAGAAGAGAGGCAGUACAAAUCCUACUCCAAUGGUAACGUAUUUGGAAAGCAAUCGAACCUGGCAAAGAUAUGCAAUGAUAUUAUGCUGAAGACAAAUGUAACAAUGGAAAGAAGUUUUUCAAAAGAUAAAUGCCUGACCAUCAUCAUAACAGGCAAACCAGAUAGCGUACAGCAUGCAAAAAAGCAGCUCACGGCUAAACUAACACCUCAGGUAAGCAUUUCAAUCCAAAUCCCAAAGGAACAUUAUCGUUACUUGCUGGGAGCGCACGGAAAAAAGUUGGCCCAAAUAGAAGUGGACACCUCAACGAAAAUAACCAUCCCAUCCCAGCAGAGUACUUCAGAUUUGGUGACCAUUGUCGGCACCAGAGACGGCGUUGAGAAAGCCAGACAUGAAUUGCAAAUGAUUUCCGACGAACAGGCAAAACUGGCUUCCACGACACUUAACAUUCCUCGCGAGUUUCACGCCUUCAUCAACGGGCCCAACAACGAAACUUACAAACAACUUGUCAACAAGACUGGGGCCAAAAUCGUCAUCCCAUCUCUUUCGUCCGGAAAGGAUGAGAUUUAUGUAUCCGGAGGUAAAGAGAACGUGGCAACUGCGAUCGAAGAUAUCAAGCGGAUUUACGAAGAAAAGAAGCGCACCUGUAAAACGAUAUCAGUGGAAGUUCCGAAAUCUCAGCACAAAUAUAUCAUCGGCUCGCACGGAAACCACAUCAAUGAGAUCUUCAAAGAAACAGGUGUCUACAUAGAAAUCCCUCCCCCUAACUCACUAUCUUCCACAAUUACUCUUAGAGGAGAUAGUGAUAAACUGGGAGUGGCUCUUACUUCUGUUUACGAAAGGGCGAACAGUAUGUCAUUUAGAGAGAUCAAUGUUCCCAGUUGGUUGCACAGGUUCAUCAUAGGGGCCAAAGGAGCCCACAUCAAAAAGAUUAACUCCGAAUUUCCAAAAGUGCACAUAGAGCUGAGCGAUGACACGAUAAAGAUUGAAGGGCCGACCAAAGAAUGCGAACAAGUGGAGUAUGAAAUUGGGAACGCCGCUAAAAAUCUGGUUGGUGACGACGAAGGAGAGGAAGAAUAG